AUGACAGAUCCCGGAAGAGAACCUGGAGACGGGGCGCGCGUGGGUCCCGGCGGAAGCCGGCGGGAGCCGCUGAGGUCCCCGGCCGGCGGGGCGCUCGGGUCGGUACGCGUCAUUGCAGACACAGCCUUGCGGGGCGUUUGCUGCCUCACGGGGACAUGGCUUCCUAGCGAUGGCGGCCACGUCUGCUUCGGUGUGGACUCGCGGGCGCGCGACUCGGCCGUGGCCGUGGUGGACACCUCUGCGGGCAGCGGAGACGGCGGAGGACUCGGGCCGGUUACGAACGAGUCAGCAGUCCCGUGGCUGUUACGCGUCAGAAUAGAAUCGAGAAAUAGACUCAAGCCGGGCGCCCAUGGCUCAUGCUUGUCAUCCCAGCUACUCAGGAGGUGGAGACCAGUGGAUUGCAGUUCCAAGCCAGCCUGCAGCAGUCCAUCCAACUCUUCAAAUAACCACAAAAAGCCAGAUGUGGAGCUGUGGCUCAAGGCGGAGAGAGCUAACCCUGAAAGAAGGGGUACAGGGACAGUACCCAGGCCCCUAGUUCAAGCCCCAGUACCAGCAUACACACUCGAGCACACACACAGACUCAAUCAUCAUGGGCAAAUGAAUUUGGACAAAUUUGUGGACACAAUUCAUUGGGAGAAAGUCUUUUCAACCGAUUGUAAACGAACAUUGAAUAUGAAAAACAACCACUUUGAUACAUAUCCUACCCCACACACUAAAGACAGUGCAGCAAAAUGGCUCAUGGCUAAAUGCAAGAUAGAACUUACAGAAGAUUAUAGGUAAAAACUUUGUGACUUAGGAAAAAGAUUUAUUGGACAUCACACUAAAGCACAAUUCAUGUAAAAUAUAUUGACAAUUUGCAGUCAAUGAUAGGACAACAUAUUAGGAGUAAAAAGAGAAACCAUAUAGGGACAUAGAAAUUUUGUGGGGUUCUGUAUAAAUAGUGUGUGUGUGUGUGUGUGUGUGUGUGUGUGUGUGUGUGUGAUCUCCAAUAAAGCAAAAACAGUAAAAAAUAUUGAGCAUAUACUUCACUUGAGAUAUUUGGAUAGGAAAUAAUGACAUGAAAAUGCAUGGAACACCAGUAUU